AUGUCUAGUAGUAAUCGUCAAAUAAGUUUGUCUGCUGAUGAACGACAACGAGCAAAAAGCCGAUCAUCUUCUCGAUCACAUCGAACACCAUCGAAUACACGUGUAUAUGAUGAAGACAAACAACGUGAAAAAACAUCAUCACAAACAUCGAAAAGAAAUACACGAGAAACAAAUUCAACAAAACGUUCUGAAACUUCACCAAGUAAUCGAUCAACAAAUCGAUCAUCAUCAAAAUCAAAUACAUCAAAAAAACAACGAUCUAAUGUUAAAACACCAACAACAUCAUCAUCAUCAAAAUCCAAAUCACCAUCAUCAAAUCGUAAAGGAGGUUCGAAGAGAAAGAAAAAUUCAAUAAGUACUAAUGAUACGGAUAAUAGACAAAUAUCACAAGUUAAUGAUUCUGAAAGACAAGAUUUAUCUUCUCGUGGUCUUUCUACGGUACCAACAGAAAUCUUGGAACUUGUUACUCUUCGUCGAUUAAUUUUAUCAAAUAAUAAUUUAUCAGGUUUACCAACAAGUAUACGUGCUCUAAUCAAUCUUGAAUAUCUUGAUAUAUCAAGAAAUCCAUUACGUGUAAAAAAUGGUCUCGAUGAUUAUGGUUGUUUACCACGUGAAUUUCGUUAUUUACGAAAUCUUCAUACAUUAAUUAUGUCUGAAUGUUCAUUAAAACAUAUUCCUGUUGCUGUUUGGAAUACUGUUAGUCUACAAACACUAGAUUUAAGUCGAAAUAAAAUUGGUUAUAUUGUAGGUGAAAUUGGUAAUUUAAUUAAUCUUCGACAUCUUCGUUUAUCUCAAAUGGAUCUUGACACACUUCCACCUGAACUAGGUUUUUGUGAAAAACUUGAAACAAUUGAUUUAACUAGUAAUCCAAUAGAUAAUUUACCUGAAACACUUGUUGAAUGUCGACAAUUAUAUGAAUUUAAAAUAAAUUAUCAAACAUUUUAUAAAUUACUUGAUAAUUAUAUGAUACAAUUAAUUGACGAAGGAAAAAUACAUUCUGAACAUAUACCACAAGUUAUAUUUGAACUUGAAGGUUUACAAAUGUUAGAUUUAAAUGGAACAAAAUUAAAUUCUAUACCAAAUCAACAUACAUUAUUUAAUCUUAAUGAAUUAUAUUUAUCAAAUAAUUCAUUUUUUAAUAUACCAGAAUCAUUAUGUACAAUGGAAAAAUUAAAAAUACUUGAUAUGUCAUAUAAUCAACUUCAAACUAUACCAGAAUAUUGUAUUAAAAUUGAACGAUUAGAAAUAUUGAAUUUAUCAUAUAAUAAUCUUACAAUUUUACCAUGUCAUAUUGCUCGUUUAUCAACAUUAAAAAAUUUAAUUGUUAAUCAUAAUCAAAUAAAUAUAAUUGAAAAUGGAUUUUCUCAAAAUUCAUCAUUAUUAACACUUGAUAUAUCAUAUAAUAAUCUAGAAAUAAUUUCAAAUGAAUUAUGUAAUUUAAAAGAAUUAGAAACACUUGAUUUACGUUAUAAUCAAAUAGAAUAUCUUCCAUUAACAAUUCGUCAUAUGAUAGGUCUUAAAUCAAUGAAUAUGAUUGAUGAAAAUUUUCAACGUAUUGGUCUUCAUUUAAUUGGAAAUCCAAUAAAAGAUCCUCCAAGUUAUAUAUGGAAAUCAGUAUCUAUUAAAACAUUAUUUGAUUAUAUAGAAAGAAAAGAAAAACAACUUUUAGAUCAUUUUCAUCAUCUUAAAUUAAUAUUAAUUGGACCAAAAAAUAUUGGUAAAACAACUUUAACAAUAAAAAUUCUUAAUAAUCAUAAAAUUAUUUCUAAUACACAAAAAACUCUUGAUAUGUAUGUAUCAAUUAUUCAAGAAAAUCAAUUAAACUUAAAUGAAGAAAAAGAAGCACAAAAACAAAAACAAAAACGAUUAAGUGAUGCUACAUCAUCUGUAUUAACUGAUCAAUGGAUUGAAAAUCUUAUAUCAACUAGUAUUGAUAAUAAUCUUAAUUGUACAUUAAAAAUCAAACGAAUUAAUCCCCCACCACUUAAAACUUAUCGAUCAAAGGAAUAUUUUGAAAAUUUCAUGUAUAAAUCAACAUUAAUUACAAAAAAUAAUUUAUAUUGUACAAUAUUUGAUAUAACAUAUGAACCAAGUUUUGAAAUACUUUAUCCAUUAAUUUAUGAUUCAAAUGCUUUAUUUAUUUUACCAGUUAAUUUAACUAUACUUUCAAAUAUUAUUCAAGCAGCAACAAGUUUAGAAAAUAUGAAUGAAAAUGAAAAUCAUAUAACAAUUAUUGAUUAUGAUUCUUUAUUAACAGAAGAUUGGUUAUAUAGUCAUAUAUUUCGUUAUAUUGAAUCUAUAUCUGAUCAUUGUCAACAAGCAUCAAUUGCAAUUGUUGGUUUAAUAAUGAAUUAUCAACUAGGAUCAAAUGAUCAUCAACAACAACUUCUUGAUGAAAUUCAUUCAAAAGUCAAUAUGUUUUUAACUGAUGAAAAUAAUCAACGAAAAAAUAUUAAUUUAUAUUCAGAAUAUUUUUCUGAACCAAUUUAUUUAGAUAAAGAAGAAAUAUCCGAAAGAUUUAUUGAAAUAUUAGAAAUUAUUGCUGAACAAUGGAAUAUUAUACAUCAUAAAAAAAAACGUCAAGUUCUUAAACAACGUCUAGGAUUUAUUCAAUCAGAUUCAUUAAUAAUCGAUUAUGAUACUUGUUUACAACGUUUUCAACAAGAAAAUUUAUCAUUAUCUGUCUUAUCUAAUAAUGAAAAAAAUGACUUAAUCGAACAAGAAAUAAAUCAAAUGACAUUUGAUGAAUGUCUUGAUUAUUUAAAAAUAACAGGUGAUAUUCUUUGUUUCGAACAAAAUUCUCCAAAAAUAAUUCUUAUUAAACCAUAUUAUUUAUUAAAUAAUAUUUUAUGUCGUACUAUAUUUCGUCCUCAUAUUAAUGAAUGGUUAAAUUAUGAUGAUAAUAUGGUAUUUCAUUUUUCUGGUUAUUAUCAAACACAAGAAUUAUUUAAUAUUGAUCGACAACGUUUAUUAACACGUGGUGAAUAUACAUGGAAUAUGCUUAAUGUUUUAUUUUAUGAACAAAAUAUUAAUAAUAAUACGAAUUUAAUUGAACAAAAUAUUAUUGAUAUGUGUCAUUUAAUGGAACAUUUAUAUCUUGGUUAUUUAAAUGAAUCAAAUUUAAAUUAUCGAGAAUUUACAACACCUUAUUUUGUUUGUCCAUGGUUAAUAAAUGAAAAAAUAUUUGAUAUUAAUUAUAAAGAUUAUUUUAAAUUACUUGAACAAAAACGUUCAUAUGAAAAUCUUCAAUGUGAACAAAAAAGAAGAUUAAAACAAUAUCAAAUAUGGCUUGCUACAGAUCAUGAAGAUGAAAAUAUAUUAGAAAAAAAUGCAAUAAAUUCUUCACAAGAAGAUUUUCAAAUAACAAUUGAAAAUUUACCAACAUUUGAUCAAAUUGAAAUAAUUGAUUCUCAAAUUAUUAAUCAAGAUUUAAUUCAUAUUAUUAAAAUUAUUAAUGGUAAUUCAUAUUUUCUACCAAAUGGACUCUAUGAAAGAUUAUUAAUUUGUUUACAUCCAUUAUUUUAUGAACGACUUGAUUAUUAUAAUCUUACAUUAGGAAGAACAAGAGAUAAAAGUUUAAUUAAAAUCGAACGUUCUGAUACUCAAAAUCAAAUUUAUAUUACAAUUAAUCAAUGUUUACUCGAACAUAUACAAAACAUUCUCAUACAUAAUCUUUUCUCAUUCUAUCCUACAGUUAAUCUCCGAAUAGAAACAUAA